GAGAGAGAGAGAGAGAGAGAGAGAGAGAGAGAGAGAUCAGAUGGAGGAUUUGCCACCAGGGUUUAGAUUCUACCCAACAGAGGAGGAGCUGGUUUCGUUUUAUUUGCAGAACAAACUGGAAGGGAGGAGGGAGGACUUGAACCGAGUCAUGGACCGAGUCAUACCUGUUCUUUACAUAUACGAGUAUAAUCCAUGGGACCUCCCACAGUUUUCGGGAGAGGCCUGCCAUGGAGAUCCAGAGCAGUGGUUCUUCUUCAUCCCAAGACAAGAGAGUGAAGCUCGAGGAGGGAGACCGAGGCGACUCACAACAACUGGGUAUUGGAAAGCAACUGGGUCACCGAGUUUUGUUUACUCUUCCAAUUCCAAUCGAGCCAUCGGCCUCAAAAGAACCAUGGUUUUCUACAAUGGUAGAGCUCCUAAUGGAAGGAAAACCGAGUGGAAGAUGAAUGAAUAUAAAGCCAUUGAAGCUCAUCAUGCAGAUCAAAAUCAACCAUUGAUUGCCUCUUCAUCGUCAAACGCCCCUUCUGCUCCUACGUUGAGGCAAGAAUUCAGUUUGUGCCGAGUGUACAAGAAAUCAAAAUGCCUGAGGGCAUUCGACAGACGACCUCUAGGGGUGGAGAUCAUGAGCAACCCUAGUUUGAAUUUGAAUCAAACGGCUGCUGCUCAUGAAAGUGCAGGUCAUCAGGAUCAGGGUUCAACAUCACAUAGCAGGAACCCCCUCAUGGGUAGUGAUCAGAGAAGAAACUCAAGCUCACCAGAGAGUUCAUCCUCAGGAGAUCAUCAUGGCCCUCAACCACCCUCUCAACCUGCAGGUGAAACUGGAACCUUGCCAAUGGUCAUUGAUAAUGAAGCACUUUGGGAUUUGGAACAAUUGAUGAUCAAUAAUAAUUGGCUUUAAGGAAGAAAAUAAGGAGAAGAUUAUUAGUUUCACUCAAAAUGAAAUUGAUGAUUUGUAGAGUUUAACCAAGUUAUGAGAUAGUUGUAUUAGAGUUAUGGACAAAAUGCCAAAUCUUGUUGUGUUAGACUUGUAGCUUCAAGUGGUAGAGAGUACCUUCACAUGUAAGGGCAAAGUUUGAAGUACAUCUCUUGAUAUUUCCUUUGUAACAAAUAAUAACUAUAAGUUUCUUUGCACACUGUACCUUC